GCGCAGGCAGGAAGCAGGAAGCCGCCGGGCGGGCGGGUAGGCUGCGCCGGGGCCGCUGUGCACCUGCCGUGCCCGCAGCGGGGCGGGGCUGCGGGGGCUCGGGCAGCCCCGCCUGCCUCCGCUCGCCUUCCUGCACCUUUUGUCUGGCUGGGAGAGCCACGUCCUCGGGAGGGAGCUAUGUUUCAGCCAGAGCAGUGGGCAGCCUGAAGUAGCAGCGCAAAGUUUGGAAGGUAAAUAUGCAUUCAGAAUGAGCAAUUAACAAAAGCAGAGUGAAGAAUUUGCCACGUUGUGACUGAAGGUAUAAGGAAAAAAACCUACAGGGAGAUCAACUCAGCAGCGUAUCUUCCACAUUUGUUAUCAGCCUAUCAUCUCUCAGCUUUGUGAGGAUCUUUGUUACACGUUCUGAAGAACAGAUACCAUUGUGACAAGUACAUAAUUGUGUCAUCUAAAUUUGAUAUCAGCUGUAGAGUAGAUGGCUCGGCUUCCUCCUGGGAUUCGUUUCAUCACUUCAUUUUCACGGGAUCAGUGGUAUAGAGCCUUCAUUUUCUCUCUCACUUUCUUGUUAUAUGCCAGCUUCCAUUUAUCAAGGAAACCUAUUAGUAUAGUUAAGGGUGAGCUGCAUAAACAUUGUGCUGCUUCACAUGAAGUUGAACUCAGCUCCUACAAAGAAGAUGCUGCUCAGAUUCAGCCUGUCAAAAAGCCAUCUAAUAUAUCUCAGUGUGGCUGGGAGCCAUUUGAUAAGAACAAUUACAAACAGUUACUGGGAGCACUGGAUUACUCAUUUCUCUGUGCGUAUGCAGUUGGAAUGUAUUUAAGUGGGAUAAUAGGAGAACGACUGCCUAUCCGGUACUAUCUGACAGUCGGGAUGCUUGCUAGCGGACUCUUCACUGCAAUGUUUGGAUUGGGUUAUUUCUAUAAUGUACAUAAUCUGUGGUUUUACAUAAUGGCCCAGAUAGCUAAUGGGUUGGUGCAAACUACUGGCUGGCCAAGUGUCGUUACAUGUAUUGGCAACUGGUUUGGAAAAGGAAGGAGAGGUUUGAUCAUGGGAAUCUGGAAUUCACAUACAUCAGUGGGAAAUAUCUUGGGAUCCUUAAUUGCUGCUUAUUGGGUGUCUACGUGCUGGGGUCUCUCCUUUGUGAUACCUGGUGUUAUCAUUGCUGUGAUGGGGAUCGUUUGUUUCCUGUUUCUUAUUGAACAUCCUAAAGAUAUAAGUUGCUCCUGCACACCAUCCAGUAGUUCUAAAACCUUCAUGAAUGGUGCAGCUCGAUUCAGGGUCCAGAUGCCCACCUUAAAUGCUAAGGAAACCAGCAAACCUCAGGAUCCAGAGAUGCAGCAUUUGCUUAUUGACAGUGAAAACUGCAGUGUGUCACUGAACUCUAGCACCAUGGUUGCUGGAGAAGGUAGACAUGGGACGUCAGCUAUCAGCUUUCUUGGAGCCUUGCAAAUACCUGGGGUUAUAGAGUUCUCCCUUUGUCUUUUGUUUGCAAAGCUGGUGAGCUAUACUUUCCUUUUCUGGCUUCCUCUCUAUAUCACAAAUGUAGAGCAUCUUGAUGCCAAAAGAGCUGGGGACCUCUCUACACUGUUUGAUGUGGGUGGAAUCUUCGGUGGAAUUUUGGCAGGCCUGAUUUCAGACCGGCUAAAGAAGAGGGCAUCAACUUGUGGAAUGAUGUUAUUGCUUGCAGCACCCACGUUGUACAUGUUCUCUGCAGUCAGUAAAAUGGGCCUUGAGGCUACUGUAGUGAUGCUGCUUAUCAGUGGUGCCCUGGUGAAUGGCCCUUACGCACUGAUCACCACAGCUGUCUCUGCCGACUUGGGUACCCAUAAAAGCCUGAAAGGAAAUGCAAGAGCCUUGUCUACAGUGACAGCGAUCAUCGAUGGAACGGGAUCUGUAGGUGCGGCUUUGGGGCCUCUCUUAGCUGGUCUUAUUUCCCCAUCUGGUUGGAACAAUGUGUUUUACAUGCUUAUGGUGGCAGAUGCAUGUGCCUUGCUAUUCUUACUCCGACUUAUUCAGAAGGAACUUCGGUGUAACGCAGAUCAUACCUUGUUUAAAGAACACUGAGCUAAGGGACCAGAUUUGGAAUGAGGACCGCAUAACUGAUCAGAAAAAACCUUCAUGGAAUGCAUUAUUCUAUAGUUAAGAGUUUCUGUUUGGUGAAGAACUUUGCACGUUUACUGGAUGUAAUGUGAGAAAUGCAACUGGUAAAUACCUGAAGCUCUUAAUUUUGCACAUGAAUAAGUACCUCAGGAUGGCAACUGUUCAUCAGAUGAAGAGAAGGAACUGAGAAGGUUUUAGCAGCAUGCCUCAACUGAGCCAAAGAGAAAUACCAAGUGCCUUUUAAUUUCUUUUGAUAGGAUGUUUUUAAUUAAAAUGCUGAACUGUGUGUUUUUCAGAAAAGUCAAAAUGAGAGCAGAAGGAAGUUGAAAUACAACCAGCCAGUUUAGCAGUGAAAUGUCCCUGUGUCGGUGAGCAAAGCAUGUAUGCCUUAUGUUGUCUUGCGCACAUUAAGGGUACCACUUUAUAGAGGACAAUGCCGGCUGGUUAUUAAGAUGCGCUGCUAUUAGUAUUUUGAAGCUGCUCAGACAAUAAUAACCUCACCUUAUUAUUAGUUUUUAACUACAACACUACUUCUAAUCCCAAGGACGACAUCCAGCCUUUUGGUAGGUAAUAAAAUGGUAUUUACUGUUGCGGUGUACCAUAGUUAGCAGUUUUCACAGGCUCUCUGGAUGGAUGUUAAUCCUCAAUUAGGAUUGUGCAAAAAAGAGUCCUAGGCAACAAAAAGUAGAUUGUGAGUUAGAGUUUUCAGGGGGGUUUCUGAUGAUUUCCAGGGCAUUAUAAACUGGUUGUGCAAACGUCAUGGAAUUGUUGUGCUGCUCCUCGGCUGGAUUGAAAUGAGAGGUUGUUCCUUUGGGGUGAUAGAGAACUGUGAGCUGUCAUACUUUAGCACUACAGGAUUGACCAGGUGAGCUGCUUUAGGGCCUGCUGCCACAGUGUUCUCUGUUAGGUACUCCCUGGUUUCAGUGCUGGUGUCUUUACAUGGAAGUCACCGUCCAGUUAGGGCCUUAAUAACCAGAAAUCUUUCAUCUGAAAUUCAGAGCCAAAAUGUGUUUGUAUCAGAAAAUAAGAGUUACCUAGGUGGUAGGUUGUAAGAGAACAGUUCAGUAAGCAGUGUGACCUAGUGAAUAGGUGGUUUAAUGUCUUCAAAACGUAUCAUUUCUUUGUAUAGCUGUCUUCUUUGCAGAAUAGAUGUUUCUGAUUUUUUUGAAGAUGUAAAAAGUAAAUUUUUUUCUAUGAGGUGUUUAUACGUAGAACAUGAAGGCUAGAUAUUUUGAACUCUGUAUUCUUAAUUGUAUUUAUUAAAGCUCUAAGCAUAUGUCUUGUUCUGAACUAUGCUCCAAGUUUCAUGAAACAAUACAGUGGUCUUUACGCUUGAUUAACAAAAUUGCGCUCUCUAAAAUAGUCCUGCAAAACUUGGAGAAGUGUUCUUAUCAGCUCUUGGUGUUGUUCCAUGUGCUGGUACAACACUUAAUUUCUAGGGCUGUUUUGUAGUCUUUGAUCAGGUAUUUUACAGAUUCGAGUCAGCACGUGCUUUAUGCUUGACUUGACUAGUAUGUGUUCAUUUGUAAUUCUUUUGCUGAAUAGAGAUACGAGGAAGACCUCAGUCCCACAAAGACGUAAGGAGGGUACCAAAGUCUUUGCAAGUGAAUGCUCUACAUAGGCCCUGACCCUGCAGUUACCUAGAUGAAUGAUUAACUUCACACGUUUUGAGUAAACCUGUUGAGACCAGUGGGGAUACUCAGCACAUACAUUUGUAAAUCUGUGCUGUGUUUGAGCUUCACACUGUAGUUAAAUACGAUAAAAUUCUGCAGUAAUAUUACUUGAAAGGACUUCCAUCCCCGUGGCGUGGCAUGCUGCCCCUCACUCCAUCAUGCUAACUCUCUGGGAGACUGUUAGCCUGUCCAGGGGUCUGAUCUAGCCACUGAUAGAGGGGAAAAUAACAUUGCAACCCCAAAACAGCUGUACUGGCACAACUUUAGUGCCUGUUUGAGGAGAGAGAGAUGUAAGGCUUCUUCAGCUGAAGAUGUCAAUCCUUUCCCCACAAAAAGGUAUGUAAAGCUACAUACUAGUUUAUUGAAACUAUUUAAUCUCUCAAACUCUGAUGUGCUUAGAUUUUGAGAGGCCAUUCCCAGUGGGCUGAGGCCUUAGGUUAGAGUGCUUUCAGUUGUAUCUUAACAGUUACGGGUUGUGAAGAUAUUUAACUGUGGUUUGGAUUUAAUAUGUUUUGUGUAUUGGUGCUGCUGCUGUUAUUUAUUUAUUUAUUUGAAUAGCUUUUGCACUGUGGUGACUUGGAUAUGGAAUGACGACAAUGUUGGAGGUGGCAGGCUUGAGUCCUUCCUUCCUUCCUUUAGUCGCAGGAGAGAGUUAGGACUCAAUAGUGUGCCAAUGUCUCAUUCCUUGCUAAUGUGCAGCAUCUCAGUUCCUCCCAGCUAUAAAUUUGAUGGACAAAAAGAUGAAGAUUUGCCUUUCUUUCUUAAUAACCCUAGAGGUCCCCCAAGUUGUGAAUAAACUGUGUGUUUUGUUAGUAUCGGGUGUCAAUAUCCGCUAAUCUGGAAAUGAGCGAGACUGACAAUUUUGUAUGUAGAAAUGUGGGUGACCAGUAAGUAGAGACAAUUUAAAUGAGUGCAGGGUUUGUCUGUUGUUUUUUAAUGCUGGUUAUUGUGAAUUUUAUUAAUUUACUCUCAUGUGUUGAAUAAAAAUAGAUUCUUCUUUAAAAUGAGAAGUGUUGAUUUUUUUCAUCUUUUACAUCUCCAUGAAGAAAUGUUCCGUUUAUUGGUGGGAAGGAUAGACAUCCUUACUGGGACAGUAAUCCCUUCUCUUGUGAGAAGGUAAUGAAAACAGUUCAUUAGGAGGACACAUUAGUACCUUUAUUUUAAAAAUGGUGCCCUUCUCAACUUGAACAUGUAAUAUUUUUCAUUUCAUGGGAUUAAGGGUUGUACAUUGUCAGUAUUUCCAAUUAGAUGGGUAAAUUCUGCCUCCUUAGUUCAGUCUAGUGAGAAAGGAGGACACUUACCUGAGUCAGGGACUGAUUCCAGCUCCUACAGC